AUGUUUAGGCGUCGUAAUUUGGCUUGCGGCAUAUGUUUGGAUUCGAAGCUAGUCUCCGAGGUUUUCAAAGAUGGCAAGUGUAGCUUUUACGAUCACGCAUUUUGCCCUGACUGCAUAUCCAAGCAUGUGGAAACUCUAAUCCGCGACAAUGAUCUUUUCAAUAUGACUUGUCCAGACCCUAAUUGUUUUAUAGAAUUGGAGCCUGAAUCUUUCCGUGCCCUUUUGCCUCGCGAAGUUAUUGAUAGAUGGGAAAUUAUGAGAUGUGAGUCAAUGAUUGAUUGGUCGGAGAAGUUUUACUGCCCUUUCAAGGAAUGUUCAGGCCUGUUGGUGGAUGAUGGAAGAGAGGUUGUGACCAGUGCUGAGUGCCCCUAUUGUCAUAGGCUGUUCUGUGCACAGUGUAAGGUUCCUUGGCAUGCAGAUAUGAGUUGUGGGAAAUUUCAACGGAGUAAAAAAGACCCACAGUAUUCGGAUGACAACUUUUUCAAGUUAGCCAAAUCGGAAAAGUGGCAGAAAUGUCCCCAGUGCUGUAUGUAUGUUCAGAAAACUGCUGGAUGUGUGGAUGCGACUUUUGCUACAGUUGUGGGAUGA